AUGUCUUCCAGCGUAAAGUACCUUGUGCCCGUUGAGCCGGCCAGCGGUCACGGGGAGGUGGUCAUUAUCCACGUGGAACAGCAAGGCAGUCACCCCCUCGACAUCCGCCUGGUCGGCUCCGAGGGCGAAAGCCCAUAUGUGACAUCACUCCAGCACCGCCAUGUCGCAGCCCUAAGGCACAAGUUCAAGGGUAGUGACGACGAAUGGGCCGCCAUCCUGUCUCAUUUCCUGCUCCAGCAACAGCCCGAUAUCGGCCAGUCCGAAUUACUGCAAGGUGUCCGCAUGGUGUACCAGCUUAGAAAUAAGCAACUUGAAAUCUCCUUUCGCCAGCAUGUCCAGAAUAUCAAAGUCACGCUCGGCGAGAUCAUUCUACCCGAGGACGAUGAAUUUGAGUUUAAUCCGUUUGAAUGGGUGCAAACUUCAGCCGUGGCGCACGCUGAAACCCUGCAGCAAAUGGCCGUAUUGAAAGCCAAAAUCAAUAGUGAACACGACACCAUUGCUAAACUCCACGCCCAGCUGGACGACUUUAUCAAGACUAAGAAUGAGACGGAAACGGCUAUGCUGCAACAGUUCAUGACGCUGCUAAAUGAAAAGAAGCGGAAAAUCAGGGACCAGAGCCGUCUCCUAGCUGGUGUCAAGGUGGAUGAAGCUAUCGCAGCCGCUGUCCGGCCAACAAGGGAAGUUACCACCAAAGGUCGCAAGGCAGGCGCGUCACGAGCAUCCAAACGCAAAGCUCCUGUGCUAGCACCAGAGCCAGAUGUGGCGCCAGAGUCAGACAGCGACCAGAUGGAAAUAGAUCAAGUCAAAGUAGAAGAGCAGGACGACAAUGAGGCGCCUGAGCCCAUGACACCAGAGCAGUCGGACACUGAAACAGAAGUAGAAGACGAAGCCGCACCACAUAACAGACGUCGGUCAUCUGAGACGCUCAAGUCGAGUUCUGGUGUUGCACAAGGUUCAAAGGGCAAAGCCACCAAAGGCAAAGGCGUACCCCCACCACGGGCGCUGCCGUUUGCCAACCGCAUGUCAACAAGGAGCAGCAAAGUCCCAGAACCACAGCCUCAACCGAUUGUAGUAGACGAUGAAGAUGACGACGACGAGACUGAGGAUGAGGAAUUGUAG